UCCAGUCCAGACCUGCCGCCUUUAUCCCCGGCGGACUUUCGCAUCUAUAACCGCAUGGCGGUGCAAAUGGACCAUUUCGUACGUCCCUUGCCCAGCCAUCACCGUACAUACUAACAAGUCAGCACAACCACCACCGGCUCAUGUGGAACCAAAUCCUCGACAGCUGCACCAGUGCCAAACGCUCUCCCAGCACGCUCUCACCGCGCCAGCUGAUCAACACCGGGCUGCAAUUCUGCUCCGGCCUGGGCAUGCACCACGCCAUCGAGGAGCAGCACAUCUUCCCCGUCCUGGCGAAGAAAAUGCCCGAGUUCCGCCGCGACCUGGUCGCCCAGCAUCGCCAGAUCCAUGCCGGGCUGGGCAAGUUGGAAGAGUACCUGGAGCGGUGUCGCUCGGGGGAGGCCGAUUUGGAUCGAGGGGAGGUGAAGCGGUUGAUGGAUUCUUUUGGGGGUGUGUUGUGGGAGCAUUUGGAUGAUGAGGUGAGGGCGCUGGGGGCGGAGAAUAUGAGGAAGUUUUGGACGUUGAAGGAGAUGGGGGGGUUGCCUAUGUAGGGGAUUGAGUUGAGUGGAUACCCUGUUGGUUUUUAUUUAUUUUCCUUUUUUUUCUCAUCAUCAUCAUCAUCAUCAUCAUCAUCAUAUUUUUCUCUCUUUCUGCCUCUUGCUCCGUAUAGAUGUUAACAUGCCUGGAUUGACUCAGCUGAUGACACG